AUGGAGCCCCCCGUCGUCUCCUUUUACGGGGCCGAGCCCAUCCCGUUGCCGUCGCGCUUCGCCGGUGUCAAGAAGCGGCUCAUUGCCGGCCAUGAGGCUGCCGUUGAGGCUUCGUGGCACCGUCUCAUCGACGCUCUGAGGACCGAAAUUACCGAUAUUUCUACCCGUGGAUCGGAGCUGAUCCCGUCCAUCAACUUCACCGACAUCAAUGACCCUGUCCGCGUCGAGGCCUUUGCGCACAGGCUGCGCCGGUAUGGUGUAGCCGUCAUCCGCGGCGUUGUGCCGCCCAACGACGCUCAGAAAUGGGUUCACGAAACCCACGACUAUCUCGACAAGAACCGCGAGUUCAAGCCGCCCGCGCUUCACGAUCCUACUUGUAUUGAUCUCUUCUGGACGCCCGUUCAAGUACGUGCCCGCGCGCAUCCCAACAUGCUGCGCGCGCAAAAGUUUGCAAUGUCCUUUUGGGAAUCGACAGACGACGUGCACAUCACCCGCGCACCCGUGAGCUACGCAGACCGUCUGCGCAUUCACAAUGACAAGCUCGGCGCCGUCGGCCAGCCUACCGGAAACUCGGCCGCAGACUCUCUUAGCACCACCGCCUCGUCGACCGUCAUUGCGCAAAUCGACAGCGGCAGCCUGGAACGCUGGGAACCGGACGGCUACGGCCGCGGCGGCACCUACGAGGCCGUCUUCCGCGGCGACUGGGAGUCUUACGAUCCCUGGGACCCGGCCGGCCGAGUCGGUGCCACGACGGAUCUGUACAACGGCGCGGGUGCCUGCAGCAUCUUCCGCAUGUUCCAGGGUAUUCUCGCGCUCACCGAGGUCGAGCAGGGCAUGGUGCGCGUGUUGCCGUCGCCCAAGCUGGUGGCCGCGUACUUCCUCUUGCGGCCGUUCUUCUCGCCGAAGCGUGGGCCGCCAGAGCAGCCGGAUGGCGGCAAGGCGGAUCAGUGGGCUGCGUAUCUCGAUGCGUCCAACUGGACCUUCGAUCUGGAGCCCAAUACCAUCAUCCACGGGGCUGUUCCGGGCCAUGCUCAGCGUCUCACGGAACGCUGGCACCCGCAUCUGCAUCUGCGCAGGAGUUUGGUCUCUAUGCCUAGCCUACAGGCUGGUGACUACGUUAUUUGGCAUUGCGACCAGGCCUACUCGAUCAUCACGGGCGGCACCAGGUUAGGCGUCCCGCCGUCGUUGCAAAACGAGUCAAAUGAGCUUUCCCUGCUCACGUACACCCCCGUGUGCCCCUUGACACAGACCAAUGCCCUGUUCCUCGCUCGCCAGAGAAAGGCUUUUCAGACCGGCCAACCGGGACCGGACUUUGACACGCUGGGUGGACUGGGCAGCGAAGCCUCGCAUCAGGACCGUCCCGGUGCUAAGGAGGUCGAGGAGUACGGCGGAGUCGACGGCCUACGUGCAAUGGGAUUGGCGCCCUACGAUGUCGAACCAGCGGGUGUCAUGCCAUCCAAGCACGCUGAUGCCAUGGACAUUGACGACGAGGAGGGCAUCAGAAACAAGACAAAGACUGAGGCGGAGACGGAACUCCUGCGGCUGGCCAACAUCAUCCUCUUCCCGAGCCGCUACGACUUUUAUAUUCCUACAAACGGCACGCGAAGCAGCGGCGAUCGUACCCCGCGCGCGACGGCGGGACCGCCCAAGACGGUGGUCAACGGCAAGGAAGGGGAUGAGGAUGACGAGGAACCGGAGACCGUUGUCGAGACUGUGACCCCCAAGGGAAUGAGUGAGGAGACCAUCACAGUCACGGUCACCGCGGCUAAAGUCUAG